AUGACCAAGGGCGGCAGUAGUAAACCUACGAUGUUAGGACGUCUGAUCUUUGGUGAAAAACGUAAACAACAUGCAUCACCAUCACGCCAUCGAUCAGCCACACGAAAUGGUGGCACUGUGGCUGAUGUGUCAUCGUCUAGUGGUGGCAACGCAAAUAAAAAUCUAAUUAAUUUACAUGAUUGGGCUGUUUGGCGAAUGCAUCUAAAUGAACAGAUGGGUAAUGGAAUGACCGAACGAACUGAUCUCAAACAUAUGCGACAAUUUCUUCAUUCAAAUCCAUUUUAUCAACAACAUAGUCGAGAUCCUUCUAGCGGUCGAUAUAAUGGUGUUCAACUACUUUUUUCUAUUCCUCAUGCUAAACUUAAGCCUGAAUUAAUUGAUGGAUCACGAGGAGGACUUUACAAAAAUACUAAUAUGGAUAUAGGAGAUACAACAACAUAUGAUCAAAAUAAUGUUCUAUCAAACAGUGAUGAUCGUACAACAACUAGUGUUAAUUCAGUUUCAGCUGGAUCGCCAAUGGUUAUUGAUAAAACUAUCAAUCAAUUACUUCCGAAAGGUUUAAUAGGAAAUGCAGGUAAUUUUAUCCCCACUAUUGAACCAAUGAGUGCUGUCGAUAUUGCAAGAACUCGUCGUUCAAUACGUACUCCUUACACAGCAUCGGAUCGAGUACAUUCAACAUUACAGAAAGCAGUCAAAGAUGGUAAUGUACUCGAAAAAAUCAAAGCAUUUGAAAUGCAAGCAGCUGCAGCUCAAGCUGAAUCAACAACAAAACUAGGUGGUUGUGGCGGCGGUAGUAGCGUUGGUAUCAAUCAUCGAAUGCAAUCAAUUGCAUCAUCAAUUCAAUCAGCUGCUGCAUACCGUACACUGAGUCCAGCUAUGAUACAUCCAAUGCAACAUCCAAUAUCACCUAUACCCAUACAACAUGAACCACAACAACAGUACAUUCGUUCUCAUCGAAGUCGUCAUAUUUAUCCAACACAACCACGUCAUGAUGGUAAUCUUGGUAAUAUGAUCGGUCGUCAAUCUAGAAAAGGAGCACAUGUAUUGGAACCUGCUCUUGGAGAUAUUAUUCUUAAACGGCGAACACCAUCUCAAAAAACUAUCAACGACGAAGACUAUUCUGUUACAGCUAUUAGUCCAAUGGCACUUCCAGUUUCUCAAGGUCAUAAUCAUCGUCAACAUCAUUAUCAUCAUCGAACAAGCACAUCUCGCUCUCGACAUCGAAAAGAAACAGUUCAUGAGAAACAUACAUCUCAUAGUCAUGAAAAUGUUCAUAAGAAAUCUCAACAAAAACAAAAAGAAACAACAAUAUCAGCAACAUCAACUAAAACAAGUACACGUCAUCGUUGGCUCAAAGGACAUAAAGAUAAACCAAGUGAAACUGUAACUGAAAAGGUUAAACAAGAUACAUCAACAAACAAAUCCAACAAAAAGAAUAAAACAAAAAAGAAAAAUACUGAACAAGAAAAAGUUGAUUCGAAAAAUCAAAUGAAAUCUUCUAUUUCUAAAGGAAAAAUAUUAUCAGAUAAUAAUCGUGUUUAUGGUGUACCAAAUACAACUGUAAAUGAACAAACAAAAUUUGAAACAAUUUCACCACAACCACCAUCAAGAAUUGAUGAAGAAAAUGAAUCCGAUCGAGAAGAAGAAAAUAUUGAAAAUCAACAUAGUCAUAUAUCAACAAAACAAGAAGGAAAUCUUGUUCAACCGAAACAAUGUGAUACAACUGUUGAAAUCAAUGGUGAACGGUCACCAAAUAAAACACAAUAUCAACAAAAAUUAUCAUGUAACGAUGGAGAAAUUUUAAGUAAAAUUGAAGAUGAUACUCGAUUUUCUCGUCCUACUGAUGAUCAUGCUCACCGUUCUGAACUUAUUGAUGAAGAUGAUGAAUGUAAAAGUGAAGGAGAUGUUUUUAUCGAAGAGUCAUCUUUAACAAAUAUGAAUUCUCCUCAACAACAGCAACAACAAUUAUCAACUAAUGCUAUUCGACGUCAUUCAAGUCAACGUUCAGUUGAAAAGACUCCAUCCGAUCGACGUUGGCAAUGGUCAAAAGAAAGUGGUGGACUAAUUGAUAAAGGCAAUCGAAAGAAAAAACAACAACAACAAUCAACUACAAAUCUUUCUUCUAAAGAUAAAAUCAUUCCAGAUGAAGAACAAGUUGUUUAUGAAACACCACAAUCCGAACAAAUUCAAACAUUAAACAAAAAACAAUCCUUGCCUACAACAACAACAACUGAAAAUAGUGAUGAACAGAAUAAUAAUAAUAAACAAAUUAGUAAACAAAUUCUUCAUGCUAUUCUAAAUUCAAUGACUAAUAAUCAAGAACAAACAACAAUGGAUGAAUUUUUUGAAAAUGGACCUUAUACAAAUCCUGAAGAGACUUUAACGAAUAUAACUAGUACAGCUUAA